CCUCCUACUCCUCCAGCCCUUUCUCCCAGGCGCGGAAACUCUCGCUCGGGCCUCGAAAGAGGGCGGCCGUUUCCUGUCAGCUGUUAUCACGUGAUUCAAAGAAAAAAAAGAGGGCUGAGGGGAGGGCGGCUCGCGACGAUAACAACGAAGGCGACGAGGCCGCCGCUUGCGCUCGAUCCCCCCCCCCCCGACUAUGGCCUCCUCAUCAACACCUAGAUGCAACUCAAAUUCCUUGGAGAGCUCCUCAUUUAAAAAGCCUAUGAAAGAUGGAACUAACUGGGAACAAAAUGAAGAAAUACCUCGUCUGCCUGGGGAGUCUAGAGGCACAGACAAGGAAGUCAUUUACAUGUGCCCAUUUAAUGGCCCUGUGAAAGGAAGACUGUACAUAACAAACUACAGGCUGUACUUGAGGAGCGUGGAAUCGGAUCCAGUGGUAAUAUUGGAUGUUCCUUUGGGUGUAAUUUCAAGGAUUGAAAAAAUGGGAGGUGCUUCAAGCAGAGGAGAGAAUUCCUAUGGAUUAGAUAUUACUUGUAAGGAUAUGAGAAAUUUGCGCUUUGCAUUGAAACAAGAAGGUCACAGCAGAAGAGAUAUAUUUGAGGUCCUGACCAAAUGUGCUUUUCCACAGUCGUAUAACUCAUCUUUUUUUGCAUUUACAAAUGAAGAGAAGCUUCCUGAAAAUGGCUGGCUGGUUUACAAUCCCAUGGUUGAAUACAGGAGACAGCAUCUGCCUAAUGAACAGUGGAGGAUAACAUUUCUCAAUGAGCAUUAUGCGCUAUGUGACACAUAUCCAUCCCUCUUGGUGGUGCCAUAUAAUGCCACAGAUGAGGAUCUCAGGAAAGUUUCUGCUUUUAGAUCCCGAUGUAGAAUUCCUGUGUUGUCCUGGAUCCAUCCAGAGAGCCAAGCUGUCAUCACUCGCUCUAGCCAGCCUCUUGUUGGUAUGAGUGGCAAAAGAAACAAAGACGAUGAAAAGUACUUGGAGCUAAUAAGGGAAACCAAUGGCCAGCUAUCAAAAUUGACUAUCUAUGAUGCAAGGCCCAGCGUCAAUGCUGUAGCCAAUAAGGCAACUGGAGGAGGGUAUGAAAGUGAUGAUGCCUAUCCCAAUGCUGAGCUGAUUUUUCUAGAUAUUCAUAAUAUUCAUGUCAUGCGGGAAUCCUUGAAAAAACUGAAGGACAUUGUUUACCCACAUGUAGAAGAAUCUCACUGGCUAUCUAGUCUGGAAUCAACCCACUGGCUUGAACAUAUCAAGCUUGUUUUAACAGGUGCCAUUCAAGUAGCAGACAAAGUGUCCUCUGGAAAGAGUUCAGUUUUGGUUCACUGCAGUGAUGGUUGGGACCGCACAGCACAACUAACAUCUCUAGCUAUGUUGAUGUUGGACAGCUACUAUCGAACAAUUGUGGGAUUUGAAGUCUUGGUGCAAAAGGAAUGGAUAAGCUUUGGACACAAGUUUGCUUCGAGAAUUGGUCAUGGAGAGAAAAAUCAUGCUGAUGCUGACAGGUCACCCAUCUUCCUCCAGUUCAUUGACUGUGUGUGGCAGAUGUCUAAACAAUUUCCUACGGCUUUUGAAUUCAAUGAACAAUUUUUGAUUACAAUUCUGGAUCACUUGUAUAGCUGCCGCUUUGGUACUUUCUUGUAUAACUGUGACUCUGUAAGAGAGAAAGAGAAACUGAGUGAGAGAACACUGUCUCUGUGGUCUCUGAUCAACAGUGCAAAAUCAAAGUAUAUCAACCCCUUUUAUACUAAAGAAUUGAAUCGUGCUCUUUAUCCAGUAGCAAGUAUGCGCCACUUGGAACUUUGGGUCAAUUAUUAUAUUCGGUGGAACCCAAGAAUAAGGCAACAACAGCCAAAUCCAGUAGAACAGCGUUAUAUGGAGCUCCUAGAAUUGCGAGAUGACUACAUGAGACGGCUAGAAGAACUGCAAAUCACGAACAAUCCCAAACUUUCCAAUUCUUCCUCCUCAUCUUCCUCACAGAUGAUGUCGCACAUGCAAACUCACUUUUGAAGGAGACUGGUUGGACUCUUUUUUUUUUAACAUUGUCAUAAGUGGUGCUUAUUCUGAUGUAAUGGACAAGAAGAAAACAUUGAUGCCUUAUGUAGAGCUUCUUCCUAAAAUCUUUGUCCCUAUAGGAGAGGAUUGGAACACAAAUGGGCUUUCAAAAAUUGAUUUAUGUGCCUUUCACAACCUUUUGCCUGGAAACAUGCUAUCCAGAUAGCAGUUAGAAUAUUUUUUAAGGUAUGGGUUUUUUCCUCCUACAGCAUCCAAAUACAUUUAGCUAAUGCUUUCAGUAAUAGCUGUCACCCUUUUUUUAGAGCAGUAUGUGAAUUCAUUUUCAUCUACAGGCUCUCUUGCUCAGACUUAAAAUGCACAUUUAAGUUUAUAUAAUGAGCAAAGUGCCAUUAGUGCCAGUGAGGAAUUUGCUGAAUCGUAUGCAUGUGUAGAAGCCUUUGGAGAAGAGAGUGAGAGUUGUUAAGGACACAUGUUCUUGUGGAGCAAUUACUGUGUUAAUUACAGUUUUAAUAUAGAUUCUUACAGAUAAAAUUAUUGCAAUGGUAGCAAUAAGGUAUCGCAACUUAAAUUUCUUAAGAAUUUGUGCCUAUUCAGAGCAACAGCCUUAUGAGAUGGAGCAUUGUGUGUGGGUGUGUGGCCUAUUCCCUUAAUGAAUUAAGUCUUUUUAUCAAAUAUAUUAAAACAAUAUCCAGAAAUAGUGUGUGCACUGAAAAGAUUUAAAUUUUGCAGAUCAUCUGGUUUGCUGUCUAUCUUCAUGUCAGUCUUCAGUUAAAUUUUAUAAUUCCUUUCAGGUAUCUUUUAAAAACAUUACAAGCACUUGUGAAGUCAGCACAAACCUUGCAACUUGAUAUUUUAAUUCAUAUUUUGUUUGGGAUAUAAAGUUUUUUAAGUGGUAUUUGGUCAGUUCAGAACAUCUUGAAGCAUAGGAUUUGUGAAGAACUGUCCAUAGGUAACAUAUUUUAAAAGUAUUUGACUCUUUGAGGAUGUUUGUCUACCAUUUGUAAAUUAUUAUAUGUGUAAGUUUUGAUCUACAAAAUAUAAUGUGGCAAGGAUAUUCUAGGAUAAUGUGUAAAUUAAGUUUAAUUGUAUGAAAUAUUCUUUUUUUUUGUAAAGUGUAAAUACUUUGUGUUUGAAAGAUUGAAGUCAAAGUCCAUAAAAUACUAUAAAUUAGUUUUAGAGGACAUUGGAAUAUUUUAGAAAUAGUAUAUUUUCAUUGAAAGAAAAACAGAGCACAUUAAUACAGUUAAUAGUAUACUAAGAAAUUUGCACUAUUUCUUCAGGGAUAGACUGAAGUACUAGUAAUAAGUUCAGCUAGUUAAUGCAUGAUUUAUUUUCACUUGAUACCUGUCCUCUAAAUUUCACUCUCGUGUGAUUCUUUGUCUUUAUCUCAUUGCACAUACACAUGGCUUGUUGUUUUCCUAAACAGAAACAAAUCUGAGAAAUGAAAUGCAUAACUUGAAUUACAAGGAAACUCACAUAUCCCAUCAGCGUAGUCUAAAUAACAGAGCAUAAACUCUGAAUGAAAAACUAUGCAGAUUAAUAUAAUUGCUUUUUGUUUGCUUGCAAUUUAUAAACAUCUCAGUUUUCAUUGCAACCCUUAAAAUCUUCUAUAUGUUUGAUUUUGUCUGGUGUAAAUGAAUUGAUAUUAUGCUGGUUUUACUAAGUAAAACACUACACGCUCAGCUGUUUUUUGGGGGAGGGGAGUAAUGUAUAUUUGCCUUCUCAUUACCUGCAUACCAUUGAUUUACGUUGCCUCCACCACAGGUGAUGCUGUGUCCUGAUUUAUAGAAUUUAAUGUUUGGGAAAGUGUAACUUGGUGAAAGUUAACUUGAUUUUUUUAAUACCUGCUUAAGUCAUAUGAAUAAACAAAUGGAACACUU